AUGGAGCGAGGCGAGGGCGGCGGCGGCGGCGGAGGCGGAGGAGGGCUUGCAGGCUGGGGACAGAGAGGAGGCGAAGGAAGUAGUAGCUCCGGUUCAGCACAGCCAGUUCCUUGGCAAGGACAGCCUCCAGCCGGAUACCAUACUUCUCAAUGGCAGCAUCUCCAGCAGCCAGGCCCCUCCUCCCAGCCCAUGUCUGGCGAUCAGUAUAUCUCUCUCCCCCAUGCCCAACCUCAUCCUCAUCCUCAGCACUUCCAGCAGCAUUCCUACGCACAGAUAAGGCAUCCUGCGCCGCCAAACGACUUUGAUCCGCUACUUUCGUCCUCUUCCGCAGCAGCGAUGCCGCACGAGGCAGGUGCCAAUGGCAGGAUGGGCGGCGGCGGCGGCGGCGAGGCGGCGUGGUACCAUGACCCGAGCAGCCAGGGGGCAUUCGCCAACUUCGACCUCAAUCCGCAAGAGUUCCAUGGCCUAGGCAUCAAUCAGCCUCCGGGCCAGGCUCAACAGCAGCAUCAGCAGCAUCAGCAGCAUCAGCCGCACUUCGACACGAGCUGGAUGCAGCAUCCGUCAGGCGCCGGUUCAUCGCAGCAAGCGAUUCAGCAGCCCUCGAUACCCCAUUGGCAGACGCCUCACCAAGGCUCCAAUCCGAGCUGGCAGCCACCUGCAUCGAUGGCAUCAUCGCAGGCUUCCUCGUCAUCUUCGCGAGACGAUCUGCAGGCGCAUGCACGAGGAUCGAGGGACGAGGACGCGCUCCUCUUCCUUCCCCGUCCUGACAGCUUGUCGACGCAUUUCCUCGGUCCGCAGUCAGUGCAACCGCCUUCGCAGCAUGAGUCGGGCCCAGGCGCAGAUGCAUUGGCGUGGUUCAAUGCGCAGCAACAGCAGAGUCAAUCUGCCUUUGGCGCAGGAUCGCAAGCAUCGCUCCAACGACCACGACGCCCAGAACCUCUGCAUCUCACAGCCGACUCUCGAACCAAUGGUGGACAAGUAGGUGGCGUGGGCAACGCCGCCAGCGAUCUGAGCAACGUUCCGCUCGAGUACACGCCCAUGCCUGCAGACUCCCGUACUCCUCGGGGCGACUUCUCCAAUCAACCGCAGAUGGACCAGCCCUCGGGCUUGCGCAGUAAUGCCACUCCCGCUUUCAACUACAUGCUCCCGCCCUUCUACGAGCAAGAGCAAUCACAAACGACAGGUGACUUUUCGGGCAGCGUGCCCAUGUCAGCCAGUGGCAGUGCUGGGGGUGGUGGGCAGUUCGAGCGGCCGAGCACCAGCAGCUCGGGGCAGGCUAGCGUCCUGGGAGCAUCAGGCAGCACAGGCAGCAUUCCGCCGCCGCCGCAGCAGCAGCAGCCUCAAUUACAUCCCCUACAAACUGAGUCGCUCUCAGUCGGCUCGACAGGUAGCUUCGACCAGCUUGAGCUACAGGGCUCGACGCUCUCGCAAGUCUAUGGCAGCAAUCAAUCUCACCAGUCGCCCGCUGGCUAUCAGCAGAAUCCUUCGCAGUUUAUCAAUGGUAGCGAUGGCGGCAUGAGUGGCUCGCCGAUGACUGGCCAGCAUCAGCGGUCGAGCACGAUGGGCCAGCCGCCAGGGGGAUUGAAGCACGAGCAAGGCUACCCACCAUUCCUGGGCGGAGUGACAGGGAGAUCGCAUUCAAGCGACGGCAACUUCCUACAGGACAUGAGCGGCCAAAUGGGCGGCCAGAUAGACUUCUCUCGAUAUGGCGGUCCUGGAGGCGAGAUGAGCUUCGCAGGUGGCAUGAUGACGCAGAGUCCUUCGUCCUCAGCCGGGCCGCAUGGCCUGCAUCAGCACCAGCAACAUCACCAGCAGUUUAGCGGCAUGGGAGAACACCCGUCCCAGUCGCGAGACAGCGAAGCGGCUCGUCUUUCCCUGGCAAUGGCGAAUACGCAGCUCGCUCCGUCUCGCGAACAUCCUCAGGGCACGACGCCGACGAUCAUGGAAGAGGAGGAGGAGGGGCAACUGAACUCAUCUCGGGGACCGGCAGGCAAAGCUGGAGGUCGAGGAGGUCGUACAUCGCAGCAGCAGCAGCAGCAGCAGCAGCUUCAGCUCCAGCGACCUCAGAUUGAUCUCGAGCAACAGCGAGCAAGCUUCUUCGCUACUCAGCAGCUCAACAGCAACCAGCAGAUCCAGGUUCAGCGCCAGCAGCCCAGCGGUCCGUCAGCCCCUACGGUGCUACAGCGCCGCUAUAAGCCUGCCGUCAGACCGUCGACGUAUCAGCAGCUAUCUACGAUGAAUGUUAGCGAGGAGGAGGAGCGACUGCGACGAGACCCCUCAUCGUCCGGCUCAGACACAUUCGAGACGCUCAUCGACGAGAUGAUUCGCCACUACAUCACCAGCCCGAGUCGCUUGGGUCUUGGCGAGAGGACGGUGCUCAUCAUGACGAGCAAAGUAGCACAAAAGUCGUACGGCGCAGAAAAGCGCUUCUUGUGCCCGCCGCCCAUGGUCUUGCUAAUCGGAAGCAGCUGGUGGCACGCCUGCAAAGACCCAAGCGUCCUGGGCUUGCAAGCCAAUCAGCGUACUGGCGGCGGCGGUGGCGCUCCUACGACGCUGAUCCCGCCUCGCGUCAACAUUGGUAUGAGCGGCGAGACGAACAACCAGGAAGGGGUCCUCGAGUGGGCGACGAGCAGCGGGCGUUUGAUCGACGUGGGCAAUCCAUCGUCUGAGAUGGCUGUCUCGGGGCGCUGCAUCGGCAAGCAGCUCUACAUCACCGACGUGGAUGAGAAGAGGCGCAGCUGCGAGACAUUGGUGCGCGUGUCGGUGCCUGGUAAGAGCCCUGUCGAUGCAGUGCAUCUGGGCACGUUCGCAAGCAAACCGAUUAAGAUUAUCAGCAAGCCCAGUAAGAAGAGGCAGAGCAACAGGAAUACGGAGCUCGGCAUACAACAUGGCUCUAUCGUGUCGCUCUUCCACCGCUUGCGCUCGCAAACCGUCUCAACGCGCUAUCUCUGCGUGUCUGGCGCUCCAACAUGGUUCAAGGGAUCUGACGGUCAGCCUUUUUUGACCCUCGAGCAGCAUGAUGGCCCGCCUUCGCGCGUAGACCCACCCUCCUGCUUCGUUGCGAAGAUGACCAGCUGGGACCCCUUCGUCGUCUACCUCGUCGACCCGAACAAGAAGGCCACGGACCCCAACGUGCCACCGAGCAAGCCACCCGUCAUGGGCUACCCUCCGCCACCGCCAAGCGCAAUGGUAGUUCCUCCAGGCUCACCGGCGCCCACGGUUCACUACAAUCAGCGCAUCGUGCUGCAGUGCCUCAACACGGCCGUCGUCAGUCCGAUCAUGGUGAUUCGCAAGGUCGACAAGGCAACAACGGUGACUGGCGGAUCUGCGGCUGCUGGCUCUUCCGAUGAAGAGGCGUUGGGUGACCCGGUCUCGCAGCUUCACAAGAUUGCGCUCGAGGUAGUGGAGGACCCGGAUGCUCCGGCCCCUUCUGUAUCCAUGACGGCGACGGGUGAGCCAUCGACGCCUGGUGCCAGCGGACCGUUCCUGGCCUGCCUGAAUGAGUCGGUCGGCAUGCGACGCCCGCUCGAGCAGCGCAAAUGGGUGUGGAGCCAGAUGGACUCGAUGCCUUCUACGCCUUUGACGCCAGCCCAGUCGCAGCAAGAGGCGACGCUCAAGAUGGCUUCCAACUUUGGCAUGCCGCCGAGCCCUACAGCAUUCGCCGCUGCAUAUGCCGCUGCGCAGACGCGCUCGUCGAUGGCUCAAUCGAGGCAGACGUCCGGACGCGGAGGGCCAGGCGGACCUUUCGUACCGCCCUCGCCGUACGUGGUUCCGCAGCAGCAGCAGCAGCAGGCAUCUCCUCAGCAGUCGUCGGACGGCGGCAAGGUCAAGCGUCCACGCCGAGUCUCGUCGUCUAUCGUCCCAUCGCAGGGCAAAGGACCCGCCUCUACGCCUGGCAAAGGACGCCGUCGUGGCCAGUCGCUAUCUAUGGUCGAGUGGCAAAAAGAGCAAGCGCGACAGUGGCAGCAACAGCAACAGGCCGCUGCGGGUGGCCAGAUGUCAGGCUCAACGUCUUCUGACCUGGACAUGGCCGGGCCGAGCAGCUUGCCCGCGUCUGCUUCUGCCUCUGAGUCGUCCGUAGGGGCUCCCUCUGGGGCGGCAUGGACCGUCGACAUCGCAGACUCCGAUGUGUGGACCAUCGUGGGCACAGACAUUGCGCGGCACACCUUCUAUAUCCCACCCCGCCUGGCAGGAGGAGUCGGCUCGCCCACCAACGUGCCCGACUCAGGCAUUGCGCACCUCAUUGCUACGCCCGCGCCCUCGUCAUCUGUCACCCCCUUGCCGGUCCUGCACUCCUUCAUGGCACCAUCCAACGAGCCAGGCGGGCAGCCUUUCGUGACGCUGAAUGGCGAGAACUUCUCCGAUGACCUCUACAUCUACUUUGGCGAUUGGCGAUCCACGACCGUCCAGCUGCAGAGCUCAGAUACAUUGCUGUGCUCGCCGCCACCACCUGCGUCGGAGGGCUUCGACGUGCCGACCAUUCGGCUGCCCGUGAUUCUCGUGAGGAAGGAUGGCGUCAUCUUCCCCAGCGAGUGUAUCUACUCGGCGUGA